UGAACCGAUCGAGUAAAAGACUACGUCUGAUGAACUGCUUUGACCGGUCGAGUAAAAGAGGACAACGAUAAAGUAGAAGAAAGUUUUAUGCGCGCCGUUCUUUCCAUUUGGCAACGCUUAUUACACCUUGGGAUUUACUUCACACAUCAGACCGUUUGAUUGACAGCCGCCGAUUCAUUGACGAGAGCAGUCGGAAUUCCGACAGCUAAUAUUUGUAAUUAUUAUUCCGCGCAUUGAAAAACUGAGCACUGCAAGUAUAUGUCGCGAAAGACAAUAGAAUUCUGCGCGAUGAAUUUUUGUUAUACGAUACAAAUACCCCAUAAACAAGACUAGCUGAUAAAUUAUUAAUCUUGCAAGUGAAGACAAACAUGGCCUGUGCAAGGGAAAGCGACAGAAAAAAAGUCUCCGACGUCCUAAAGAAAACGUUGGUUGGAAAUCCAAAACAUCCUUCUCCGGCAGCGGAAACUUUAGGAUCAGACUUUCGGCAAAAAGCAAAAGCUAAGGUAGAAGCGGUGAAGGAUUCAUUUGAUGAUCGGAUAUUGAUAGAUCUGAAAGAGGCGACAAGUAGGAAAGCCGCUAAUAAACCGCUCGAGAACAAGUAGGAUAAAGGCGGACAGACUACACAAUCAUCGCCAAGACAGAAGGGACAAGAAAAUCACCGAAGGUUAGCCGACCAAAUCAACAAAGGCAGAAGAGACGGUACAGAAGGCGAGCUGUUGGAAAAGAUAGAAAGGAAAUUUCGUUGCGAAUUCAUUCAAGCGGAAGUAAGUAUUUCUGGCUACGCCGUCACGAGAGAAAGACAGGUGGAUUUCUGCAGCGGAAAAAUGGAUGCUGUUGCUUUUCGAGGAGGUGAAAAAGAUGUCCUUGAGGUUUUUGUUGUUGACUGGAAGACAACUACUAAAACAGACUUACUAGAUUUAUAUCAAUGGUGGGAAAAGGCUGAAUACUUUAAAAAACCUUUGUAUCAGUGUUUAGUGUACCGUGAACUCUUGCAGGCGCACUUGAAGCAUAACAAUGUGAAAGCAAAGGUUGGCAUAAUUCUGGUUCCGAUUCAUCAAACGUAUCCUGAACUCAGUUAUCCGGGCUUAUGUAUGGAUUUCAAAACAAUGAGUGAUACGCGUUUAUUGGACAAGCUGAAAGAUUUUCAGUGGCUUCCCGUUCUCGAUGAGUCAAUCUACGUUCAAACUAUUAAGUUGCCAUGCAAAUUAUUCAAGGAGAGUUUCGAUCCGGCCGAUGAUGUAGAUGAAAUUACCAAUAUUUUGAAAGAUGAUACACGCUUAAAAGAUAUACUUCACGGCAAUGCUACGAUUGCAGACUUACGUCAAGUGCUACACCUCCCCUUCUUAAAAGUAGAAGACAUCAAGGAGGAAGAGACAAAAGCCCACAAAGAUGACAAGACCUCAGUGAUCGAGACAGCUGCAGCUACAGAAGAUAAAACAAACGAGGAGUUCGCGGAGGUAAACAAAGAGGAAAAAGCAGUUUAAGUCACCGAGAAGCACAAGACGUGACGGGAAUAAGUUGGAAGAUAACAAGCAGAGUGAAAAAUAGAAAAAAGCAGUGAAAGACUAUCAUUCGUUGGCCAUCGGUUCGAGUCCUGGCUGAGGACAUUGUGUUGUGCUCUUGGGCAAGAUAAGACACUUUACUCACUUUACUCACUAUGUAUGAACAGUGCCUUCCUCAACCCGGGUGUAUAAAUGGGCACCGGCGAACUUAAUGCUGGGGGGUAACCCUAUGAUAGACUAUCAUCCCAUCCAGGGGGGAAUAGAAAUACUCCUGGUCCCAUUAUGCUACAGAACUGACCAGGAUAAGCUCCGGCCUGAUGUGCCACUGGCUCAUAUGCACACUUUACAUAACACAGCUGAUAGUGAGGCGGAAUCCGACAACUGAUAGAAGUCAUUUGUCCGUAUGAAUUGUAUGAAUAUUAGUCACUCCCUGUAGACAUAAGUGCUCAGUUCAAGGCACUUAAACAUUUUCAGAGUACUUUAAUUUUGCUUAUAUCUCAUUGCAUCAAUACGAUGCCCGACAGUAAUAACAUUUUUCUCGAUUCCGCUUUAGAAGUUUUUACACAUAACAUAUUCUAAAACAAGGCCACAAGAAGCACUGUAUAUUUUGCGGCGAAUAAGUCAAAAUUGUAGAAUUUAAUGUACAAAAUAUAAUUUGUAACUAACUCGCUUGAACAUUAGCAAAUAUGGCUUUUUACUUAAAAUCUUCCUUUAUGCCUCAGUUAAUAUAGUUCAGCAGUGAACAGUUCAACGUUUCGCAUCUUCCAUCAUGGAAGCCCCCUUUAAGGCGUUGGGAAAUUCAGAAAAAAGAAUGGUUUUGUAACUUUAAACAGCACAUACGCUGCUACACUGUCAAACACUGAGGCGCAAACAAUCUUGUCAUAUCGGCACAUUUGAGCACUUCUUGUAUGCCGGAGAGCAUUUCUCGUCGCCGCGUCAGGCAUUUUGUCUUCACGCGCAUGCGGUGUCGUAUCUUUCUCCUUCAUUUUCUCUUUAACAGCCGAGUACAGCUUAGCUUGUAUUUCUUCAACUUUCUUCGCUAUCUCCUUGUCCUUUUUGGCUUUCAACUGGAAUCUUUAAACAUCCGCCUGUGUUAGGUCGCACAUUUCUUUAGCUUUCUCCAAAUCAACAAAGUAGUUGUCGACUCGUUUCUCGAGUUCGCAGAAUUGUCUUUGUAAUCUGUCAGCAGUAGUUUCCAAUAGCAGAACGAUUCAUUUUGUUUGAUUUUACUCUUAUCAUAUGCUUUUUAUUGAUUACAAGAACUGGUCUCCCUAGCUUGUAACUAAGCGCAACGUUUCUACUCAUUAUAGCUGAGUAACAAUUGAUUUUUGCUCUCUUUUGAGAAAGCGCGCGCUACUUUCGAACGGUCGCGCGUACACCUUAUUAGGGGACUUAAGAAACCAUUACGACGCGUGCAUCUUUACUGCGCAUUUCCCGUGUAAUAUUGAAGUUCAAAUUAAGAAAAUGGAAGCCGGCUUUUCCUUUCUUCUAGGUCGGCACACACUAGGGGACAGUUUUCCUGGUGUGACAUGUCCGUUUUUUCGAAGAAAAUUAUCGGGUUGUUGCGAGGACACAAUUUAGUCCCCGAAACGUGUUACAUGAAAUUCAGCCGGUUUAAAUUCGUGUGUCAUUAGAAGGGACAAGAUGGCUCAAUUUUCACAAUGUCAUCGUGAACACUUUUCUUGCAACUGUCCCCGCCACGACAUAGAAAUGAACCAAUAUCCGCUUUGUGUACACCAGCUUGCAUACUGUCCCUGCAGCAAGCGUCCAAUGAAGGGGCUUGUCCCCACUUUACGUCCCCGCAAUGUGUCAAGGAAAGAUGAAUGAAAAUCUAAAAGCAGUAAAUCAGACUGUGAUGAUUCACUUCAUCAAAGGGCACGAACAAAACUAAGGUAAAUAACGUAGUUACUACUACUACAUAGAUAAAUAAAUGAAGGAAGGAAUGAGGAAAAAAGGAAGGAGGGGAAGUAGGCGGGAAGGAGGCGUGAUCGAAUGAAUAAAUGAAUACUGAGAGCAAGGGGUUUGAACACAAUCACAUCGAUUUUACAGCCAAAGAUAUCUUUGUUAUCUGCCAGUGGUGCCUUGUCAUCAGUUACUGACACACUAGUUCGCUUUUAAGCACAAGAAUUGCACGUUCCAGUUUGCUACUAAAGCCCCGGCCAAACGAUCAUAACAUUUCAACGCAACAUCGUUGGGUGCAACAUGUUGCGCGCGUUUGGCC